AUGGCCAAGGUCUUAGAAAGCAAAAAAAGUAACAAAUUUAUUCAAUAUUCAGCAAUUUAAACCCCUUAAAGUCACUCUGACCAACAUUUUAAGCUAUUUUUGACUAGAGUAAGUGGACUUUUCAGUUGGCAAAUGCUUUUGCUUGGCUCAUAAAACUAGAUAAGAAUUUUUUUUACUAGAUAAAUUUUAUCUGUAUCAACUAAACACUCCUUUAUAAUAAUAUCAUUAUUUUCAUUAGAAAAGGUAAAUAUCAAUAAAGUAAUGAAAAAAACUAAAUUUGGUCAAGAAGAAAUAAAUGAAAAAGAGGAAGUCUACUACAACUCCGACUCCGAAUCUAAUAUGGAAAACAACCAAUCCAAUACUAAUCAAUAAAUUAAUUCUGAUUAAUAACCAGCAUCGUGCGAUAAUUAAUCAAAUAAUUAAAUCUACCAAGAUAGCCCUAAAUCGACUAAGCAAAAAGCAAGCUCAUAAAGCGAGCUCGAUGAGUAAAAUCCUCGAUUAGAACAGCCAAUUACAAAAUAACGCAAAAAAAACAGCAAAAACAGCAGUAAUGCUCAAGUGUCAAAGACAAUUAGCAAAAAAAAUAAUCAAAAAUAAUUAAAAAAAUCAAAAUAAUAGAGGGGGGAUCAAUGCUUUUUUGUAAAAAAAGAUGAUCAUCAUGAUGAUGAUGAGAGGCUAACUGAAGACAACUUGUAGAUUACACAAAAAAACAUGCAAAAUGUGAUUGAUAAGGUUAAAUAGUAUUUAAAUGAAAUGUUCGAUUCUGAAUUCUUUGAAGAAGUUGCCGAAAUUGUGAACCGCUCUAUUUUUGAAAAAAAAUAUACAAUUUUCAUUGAAGAUAUAAAGCAGUUUACUGCAUUUCUACUUUAGACUUCUAACCUUAAGGUAGAUCGCAUCAGCAACUACUUCAAUAACCCCUUUUUACAAUUUUCAAAUAUUAUUUCAAUAGAAUUAUUUUUUUUUAUCUCUUCUUGUCUUGCAUCUAAAAUCUAAAAUCUCCAUGAGCUUUCUAAUUUACUCACAAAAAAAAUAAACUCAGAUUAAAUUGAGUAUUCCUCUUUUUCUGAGAUUUCAUCCUAAUCCUAAUAGCUAAUAUAGAAUCCUGAAUUAAUUAAGUCUAAUUAUUUGGACUUUUUUAGUGACUACAUCUUUGAUUUUUAUAACAAAACAAUAUUAAUUAAUCCAUCCUAUCUUGAAAGAAGUCAGCCAUGUUUUUCACAAAAAGAGUAAUUACCUUAUUUCUUGACUAACUAAAGUUUUAGUAGUAUACAGAUACAUGAAAAAAAGGUAGAUAAGGUUUCUUUUAAGCUUUUAAGAGAUUAAAUCCUUCUCAAAAAACCAGUAUUCAGUUGCUCAGGAACUCAAUUAAAAUCCUCUCCAACUUCUAUUCCCGAUUUACUCUAUGAUAAAUAAAUUAAUAAUCUAAAAAUUGAAUAAGAAGAGGAAGCUGAAGAAAAUGAUAAAAAUGGUACCAUAGAAGAUACAAAAUAAUAUAGCUUCAACUAUAACCCAAAAACUCUUUAGCUCGUAUCCAUUCAAUAAGUAGAAUUAAAUUCUGAAAAUAUAUAUAAUGGUAAAGUCCACUCGAAAUCUAAAUAGAAUAAAAAAAUUUCCACUUAAGAGGUUUUUUAAAUUGACAUAUCUAACCCGAAUCCAAAUAACAUAUAAUAAAUAAUCUUCUAAGAUACUAAUGAUACAAUAUAUACUGUACUACUCAAAAUUUACAACAAAUACAGGCCAUUAACAAAUAUUAAGUUAGAUGAGAUGGAAUCAUUUUAGUUAAGAGCAUACUCAGAAAUAGUAUAUUCAAUGUGCAUAUCAACUUUCUAAAAGGCUCUUUUAGAAGAAUUCAAAACAGACAUCACUCGUCUGAAGAAUAAUUAUAGUAUAUUAGAAUAGCUUUUCAAAGAUGUAUUAAAUUUACUUACUUAAAGUAUUGUGGUAAUAAAGAAGUUAUAAAUUCAAACUGAAAUAAUUGUCUAAAGACACUCACUGUAAAAGAAAAAACAUUGUAACUUUUGCUUAGUUUGCAAAUAUAAUAAUGAAAAUAAAGACGAGAUGAAAACAAAUGAAGAGUUUAAAAACGAAGAUAAUAUAAUGCUUAACGAGUAAGAAUAAAAUUCAAAGACAAAGAAAACAAAAUAUGAAUGUAUGAUUUGCUCUUGUUAUUAUAAGAGAACUAUUUCUGUUUGUGUUGAUAAAUGUGAUGAAGAGUUCCACAAAAAUCCGACUAAAUAUGUUGUGGGAAGAUCUAAAAAAAAGAAAUAUUCAAACACAGAAAACAUGCUAAAUAAAAUUGAUCAAGUAGGAGUAGGUAAAACUCUUGAGUAGCUUGAUUAAACUGAAAAAAUAUUAGAAGAAGUAGUAAGUAAAGUUAAGCAUGAUAGAAUAAUUGCUAUUGAUAGCAUUAAUAAGCCAUAAAAUGAUUUAAAAAGUAAAAAAUACAGAAAAAAAUAUGAGUAUAAAAUGAACAAUUAAAACAAUUAAAUUUACCUAAAUGAAGUUAUGGAUAAAGUGCUACUAAGACUACCAGAUUAGCUAUUUGAUCCAGAUAUUUAAGAAGAAAAAGAUGAAAACCAUCAUCCAAAUAGUUAAAAUGAUUCAGAAGAUGCAGACCCUUAUUUACACCUUUAAGACGAAUAAAUUAAGCAAAAUUAAUUAAUUCUUAAUUUAAGCUAGGUACCAAAAAUAGAACAUCAAUUUAUUGUCAAAUAAGAAAAAAUAGAAUGA